AUGGGACUGGCAGCACCAAGAAAACGAAGCCAUCAAGCAGUGGCACCUCAGCAAAUCUCCAACACUCUUCCAGCUCCAAGUCAACGUCAAUCCCAGCCCUCUGAGACAAGUUAUGCCCUUUCUUCUGUGACUGACACAGCUAGUACCACGUUAAGAGCGACACCCUUCCUCCCGACGAAGCUACUCGCCAUCCUAGAAACUCCGACCAGUGUCUCGUCGCCCGUGCUUGCAGAAACAACAUCAUCCGCGCACACUUCUGCCGUAGCACUUGGAAUCGUCUUCGGUGUCUUCUUCGGCACAAUCAUCUUCUCCUUCAUCAUCUGGCGUCUCUGCCGUCGCCGUUCAACACCAAAGACUUCAGCAUCAACUUGGCCAUCAUCAGCCAAAGCCGCCACCACCAUGCCUGUCAGAUACUCGUCAACCAUGCGCUACCCGCACAGGCCAACAAUGGCCCGAAUCCGAAGCGGCGACCGUGGAGAGCGAGCAGCACCAAGCGAAGAAGUGGAAAAAGGACGUACAACACCCAAGGUGGUCAAGGUCAUCCAAUCCGAUGCACCCGUGCAAAGCUCUGAACGGGAUUUCCGCCCACUUUCACAUGGGACUAGACAGCCAGGUCAUCACCGCGAUCUCUCUAUCUCUCGACGUCGAGAGUUCCCGCAUCCGGGCCGACAAGCAGUGAUGGACGUAUCCAGCCCUACUACUGAAGAAUGGGAAACUGAUGACGUCCAUCCACCCGAAAAGUCAAGGCACAAGUACGACGACCUCGACGACAGGCCAGCGGUCAGGGGUAGAUAUGGUCAAGAUAAUCCUUACCAUCCACCACCGCUGAUAUACGUCGCCGGACGAGAAGCCCAUGAAAGGAGCAGUCGAAGAAGCCACGAGCGGGUUCUACAACACCCACAAGGACACGGGCAGGUAGCUCACGAGCGCAGACGGAUUAGGAGAUCACAACCUACUAGCCUUAGGGUUGUCGGACAAUAUUGGCGAAGAGCCACCAAGUGUCACAUCGUCGUCAUCGUCUUCAAGCUUUUCGGAGGGAGGGAGGAGCUGGUCGCGGCGACGUUCACGUUCGCAGAGUCCGACCAGAGUCAGGUUCUCGCUCCCAUCCGGGGUGGGACAGUAUCUGGAUGCUGA